GUGCUGAACGGUGCUGAACGGUGCUGGACGGUGCGGCAUGUGACAGAUGCGUGGCCCGCGAAAUCUGGCGAUCCUCGCGCGUCAAGUAAAAACCGGUGGCGCAGGCGGGUGGAGGCGGGUGACGCGAUCACGAUCUCGCUCGUGACAGAAAAUCAGACAGGACGCGCCGUCGCUCGCCGGUCGUCCGGUCCAAGUCGGCGUGAUCGGCGUGAUCGGCGCGAUCGUCGUCGUCGUCGUCGUCGUUGUCGUCGUCAUCGUCAUCGUCGUCGUGGUCGUUGGUCGUCGUCAGUCGCGCGCGCGGAUGCGGCACACCGGGUGGUGGACGCGCAUGCGCUCGCCGAAACCGUGCUCCGAUUGGUCGUCGCCACAUGGUCUGAUGUCAGACCACAGAGACAGUGCGAUUCAAUAAUAAGAUGCUUGUGAGCUAGAUGCUAGCCAGUCCUCAGUACGCCCGACUUGUCGAUUGUCUCUCUGGACUACUCUGGAGAGCGAGUCACUCGCGCCGAGACACACUCUGUCCGAGGUGAACGAGGCGAGGUCUCGCGAGGAAGAGAGCACCGUGCGCGGCAGUCAUUCGAAAAACCGCAGUUAGGAAGUUAGGAAGUUAGGAACGCUCUGCUCCAACUUUUUCCGGGAUUGCUCGUACGUGAGAACGUGAGUCAGAUAGGAAUCCAGAGGGAGAAAAGUUUGAAUCUUCGGCAAGAUGCCUGCUCAGUUCGAAAGUGUCAACAGUCCAAUGACGCGAGAGUCCGUGAUCGGAAAUGGAGUGUCGUAUUCCGUUGAUAGUGACAUCGUCAUUACGGGCAUAUCGGGUCGUCUGCCCGAGUCGUCCAAUAUCGAGGAGUUUAAGGAGAAUCUGAUGAAAGAAAUGGACAUGGUCACUGAUGACGAGCGCCGUUGGUCAUCGGGUAUCUAUGGGCUACCGACUAGAUCUGCCAAGAUCAAGGACCUCAGCAGCUUUGAUGCCUCUUUUUUCGGGGUACAUCCCAAGCAGGCACAUGUAAUGGACCCGCAGCUUCGCAUGCUGUUAGAAGUUACGUACGAGGCGAUAGUUGACGCUGGCGUCAAUCCCUCAACCAUAAGAGGAUCGCGCACUGGUGUGUUUAUCGGUGUCUCUUCUUCAGAAUCAGAUGAGUUUUGGAUGAAAAACGUGGACGAAAUAAACGGAUAUGGAUUGCUCGGGUGCUCCAAAUCGAUGUUCGCCAAUAGAAUCUCCUUCUCUUUUGACUUCAAUGGACCUAGUUACGCGGUAGACACGGCUUGUUCUUCAGCCAUGUACGGCAUGCAUCAGGCAGUCACUGCAAUGCGCGCCGGCCAGUGCGAUGCUGCAAUCGUCGGUGGACUGAAUCUCGUAUUAAGACCGGAGUUUUCGCUUCAAUUUCACAAACUGAGUAUGCUGGCUCAAGAUGGCAAAUGCAAAGCAUUCGACGCUUCGGGUAACGGUUACGUGAGAUCCGAGGCGAUAGUGGCGAUAUAUUUGCAAAAAGCAAAAGAUGCGCGCAGAGUGUAUGCUACGGUGAUUCACACGAAAACAAACACCGACGGCUAUAAAUCCCAGGGUAUCACGUAUCCCAAUGGUGAAAUGCAGAAUCAAUUGAUGCGCGAGAUGUACAACGAAGUGGGACUUAAUCCCGCAGAUGUGAGUUACGUGGAGACGCAUGGUACUGGUACUAAAGUAGGUGAUCCAGAGGAGAUCAAUUCUCUCGACAAAUUAUUCUGCAAAGGCAGAAAAACUCCCUUGCUGAUUGGCUCGGUCAAAUCCAAUAUGGGUCAUUCAGAACCCGCCAGCGGACUAUGCUCGAUCGCCAAGGUGCUGAUCGCGAUGGAAGCGGGCGUAAUACCCGCGAAUUUACACUUCAAUAUUCCCAAUCCGAAUAUUCCUGCUUUAAACGAGGGACGCAUUCGAGUGAUUGACAAGGCCACACCAUGGAACGGUGGUCUCGUGGGUGUCAAUUCGUUCGGCUUCGGCGGCGCGAACGUGCACAUCAUUCUGCGCAGUAAUCCAAAACCAAAAUUAUCACCGUUAUUGAACAUCAUCGAACUGUUGCCCAAAUUGAUUGCUGUAUCAGGUCGAACGGAAGAAGCUGUUCACACCUUAUUGAAUAAAGCAAAAGAGCAUAGUAAAGACGAUGAGUUUCUCUCGCUGUUACACGUAAUGCACAAUAACGACGUCCCUGGCCAUCGUUUUCGAGGCUACGAGAUACUUAAUGUCGAUGACACACGUGAAGUGAACGAGGUAGUGCACUACAACGAGAAGCGCCCCAUUUGGUUCGUAUUUUCCGGCAUGGGCACGCAAUGGCCAGGCAUGGCUCGUCAACUGUUCGGAAUUGAAACUUUUCAACGUAGUUUACGACGAUGCGCGGAUGCGUUAGCGCCCUAUGGUAUCGACCUGAUGAAUAUCAUCAUAAACGCCACGGACGAAACAUACGAGACCGUGACGGAUUCUUUCGUGUCUAUCGCGGCUAUGCAGGUUGCUCUCGUGGAUAUUUUAACAUCGAUAGACAUAUAUCCGGACGGUAUAGUCGGACACUCCGUUGGAGAAUUGGGUUGCGCUUAUGCUGAUGGCGCGUUUACACCGGAGCAAACUGUCUUAGCGGCUUACUGUAGGGGUAAAGCGAUUGUAGAGUCCAAUUUGGAACCGGGCGCCAUGGCAGCAGUUGGUUUGAGCUGGGAGGAGGCAAAAAAAAUGUGCCCAUCCGAUAUCAUUCCAGCUUGUCACAACUCCGCGAAUUCGGUCACUAUUUCCGGUCCAGUUGCGUCUCUGCAAAAGUUCGUACAAACGUUGAAAAGUAAAGAUAUCUUCGUCAAAAUAGUGAAAAGUUCCGGCUUCGCCUUCCACAGUAAAUACAUAGCUUCGGCUGGACCCAAAUUACGUGCCUCACUUGAUAAAAUCAUACUAAACCCGAAACAGAGAUCGUCUAGGUGGAUUUCUAGCUCCGUACCGGAGACCGCAUGGGGCAGUCCGCUCGCGCAGUUUAGCUCAUCAGCGUAUCACGUGAACAAUUUGCUGUCUCCUGUACUCUUCCAGGAGGCAAUCACGCAUAUUCCAGAAAAUGCGAUAACAAUCGAGAUCGCGCCACAUUGCCUGCUACAAGCAAUUUUGCGCAGAUCGUUACCAUCAACGGUGACCAAUAUCAGUCUCCAUAAGCGGGAUCAUUCAGACAACUUAGCUUUUCUGCUAUCUAACGUGGGCAAGCUGUAUAUGGCUGGUGCGCAACCUGACAUUUCCAAAUUAUAUCCGCAAAUAAGUUUUCCUGUAGGUCGUGGAACACCGAUGAUCGGGUCACUAGUCAGGUGGGAUCACUCUACCGCGUGGGAUGUUGCUGUUUUUAAAAAGACAUCGGGCCACUCGGGAGAGUGCACCGUCCAAAUAGAUCUGUCGAAAGAAACAGACGCGUAUCUAGUGGGACAUCAAAUAGAUGGACGAAUCCUUUUCCCAGCUACUGGCUACAUUCUGUUGGCGUGGAAAACUUUGGCGAAACUGCGAGGCACCGACUUUGAACGAUUGCCAGUGGUGUUCGAGAAUGUGCGUUUUCAACGAGCUACCAUCAUGCCGAAGGAGGGAACGGUGAAAUUUUCGAUAACUAUCUUCGAGGGAACGGGAGACUUUGAAAUCUGCGAGGCCGGUACUAUCGUUGUCAGCGGAAACGUCCGUGCGUCUGAGACUAUCGAGAAAGAUCAACUGAAAUUACCGCCACCACCAAUACCGCCUACUGACGAAGAGACUUUGCCUUUGAACACUAAGGACAUUUAUAAGGAAUUGAGACUACGUGGAUACGAGUAUCGCGAUAUCUUCCAAGGAAUCAAAUCUUGCGAUAAUUAUGCUACUGCCGGCGAACUGUACUGGUUCAACCAAUGGAUUCCGUAUAUAGAUACUAUGCUUCAGUUCGGCGUAUUGUCCAUCAGCCACAAGCUACUGUAUUUACCGUCGCGUAUCCAAUAUGUUGCAAUCGACCCCAUUCUUCACAACCGACUAUUAAAAGAAUUACCAGAAGAUGAUGGGUUGCCGGUGUAUCACUACAAGAAUAUCGAUAUUGUUCAAUCGGGUGGCAUCGAGCUCAGAGGAUUGAAAUCUUCCUUGGCACCUCGACGACAGCAGACUCAAGCCGAUCCUAAACACGAACGGUACACUUUUGUGCCUUAUGAAAAUUUGCAUAGCCUGGUAGAGGAUCCAACGAGAGGAAAAGUGCACGCACUCACUGUACUUUCACAAAUCAUGUGUGAAAACAUGAUGGCAUUGAAAUUGAAGACUGUGGAAGUUGCAGGUGAACGAGCUGCGGAAGCUCUCUUGGCACCGGUUAUGCUCGAUAUUUUCCAUGGCGAACUGGGCUCACCUAUCAUUGAUUUGCAAGUGAUCGCAGUUUCUGCUGAUAAUUACACGGCGAGUUUAAGUCAAAUGAAUGUGAACGCUGAUGUCGUGAUACGAGACGUGAACAAUAUACCUCCCGCUCAAGAUGUACACCUUAUCAUAGCGGCAGACGUCUUGUCCAAUCAGUCUUACACCGUUCUCAAGAAUUUAGUGGCUGCCUUAAAACCUGGCUGUUUCAUCCUUCUGGAGGAGACCGCUGCGCAUCUAGAUUUGAAGACCGCAUUGAAGGAAACUGAUUUAACAUUGGCCGGAAAACAAAUCGAUCCCAUAGGAAAGACUUACUUGUUGCUGAAGAAGCGAGAAGAAAGAAGAGAACCGACAGUAAUACAAAUCACAGAGAAAAAUCUCUCAUGGCUGGAGAGUGUAAAAGCAGCACUGAAGAAAUCUGACAGCGACGGUCAAGAACUGCUUCUUGUAUCCCAGGGCGAAGAAACGCUUGGCUUGGUUGGACUUAUGACUUGUAUACGACGCGAGACAGGCGGUGCAAAUGCACGCUAUGUUUUUAUCCAGGAUAAGAGCGCUCCCAAGUUUGACUUAUCUGCACGGUUUUAUGUGGAACAGUUGGACAAAGGAUUGAUGGCUAACGUGUUAAAAGGAGGACAAUGGGGCAGUUAUCGACACUUGCCAUUAGAUCAACAGAACAAUGUGUCUUCCCUGCAGGUAGAGCAUGCCUAUGUCAACACAUUGACAAGGGGAGACCUCAGUAGCUUGAGGUGGAUCGAAGGCCCAUUAAGUUAUUACCGGCCCGACAAUUCUUCUAAUAUGAAACUUUGCAGCGUGUAUUAUGCUCCACUGAACUUUAGGGAUAUCAUGUUGGCGAGUGGCAAAUUACCACCAGACGCUCUGCCAAGGAAUAUGGCUACGGAAGAGUGUAUAUUAGGACUCGAAUUUUCCGGGAGAGACGCUAACGGUCGUCGUGUGAUGGGCAUAGUUGAAGCUAAAGGGUUAGCGACUACUGUAUUAGCAGAUCUUGAUUUCCUUUGGGAAGUACCCGACAAGUGGACCUUGGAACAGGCAGCAACGAUACCUGUCGCUUAUGCAACUAGUUACUAUGCUCUGUUUAUACGGGGUCGAUUGAAAGCAGGCGAAAGCGUGUUAAUCCACGCUGGUACAGGCGGUGUUGGUCAAGCAGCGAUCGCCAUUGCUCUGCAUGCUGGUUGUACCGUCUUCACUACCGUCGGCACAUUAGAAAAGAGAGAAUAUCUCAAGAAAGUCUUUCCGCAGUUGAACGACAAGCAUAUCGGUAAUUCUCGAGAUACGAGUUUCGAACAACUAAUACGUGCCGAGACGCAAGGACGUGGAGUCGACGUCGUGCUAAAUUCACUGGCAGAGGAGAAAUUGCAAGCCGGCAUUCGGUGCCUCGCGUUUGGUGGCCGUUUCCUUGAAAUCGGCAAGUACGAUUUGUCGAAUGACAGUCGCGUAGGGAUGUCAAUGUUUUUGAAAAAUACGUCUUUUCACGGUAUAUUGUUGGAUGGACUAUUUGGAGAAGAUAGCGUAGAAAAGAAGGAACUGAUAAAAUUCGUUUCGGAAGGAAUCAAGAAUGGCGCGGUACGUCCUCUCCAAUCGACCGUAUUUUCGGAGCAACAGCUCGAGCAAGGAUUCAGAUUCAUGGCGACAGGCAAGCACAUCGGCAAAGUGUUACUGAAAAUCCGUGAUGAGGAAUCAAAGAAACGUAUAUUACCAACACCGAAGACAGUAGCCGCGAUUCCGCGUACUUACAUAAAUCCGGAGAAAUCGUAUGUACUGGUUGGCGGUCUCGGUGGAUUCGGUCUAGAACUGACUGAUUGGAUGGUCGCUCGUGGCGCUAAAUUCAUUAUUCUCGUAUCGCGCUCAGGCAUACGCACCGGUUACCAGGCAUUAUGUGUGCGUCGCUGGCGUGAAAACGGCGUAAAAAUCGUCAUCUUUACCGCGGAUGUUACAACAUUAUCGGGUACCCAACGUUUAAUUCAAGAAAGCAACCGGUUGGCUCCAGUAGGCGGUAUAUUUAAUCUGGCAGUCGUACUACGUGAUGCUCUGAUCGAAAAUUUGAAUGAAGCCGAUUUUAAAACAGUCAUUUUACCUAAAGUCGAUGUUACAAGGAAUUUAGAUGUGGUAUCAAGGAAGCUCUGCCCAUCGCUAGAUUACUUUGUGGUGUUCUCAUCCGUAUCGUGCGGUCGUGGCAAUAUGGGUCAAACCAACUACGGUUGCGCAAAUUCUACCAUGGAGAGAAUAAUGGAAGAAAGGCAGGCUAAUGGCUUACCCGGUCUCGCCAUUCAAUGGGGUGCUAUCGGAGACGUUGGUUUAAUUAUCGAAACGAUGGGAGGUAAUGAUACCGAAGUGGGCGGUACUCUACCACAACAUAUGUCGAGUUGUCUUGCGACAAUGGAUAUAUUCCUUCAACAACCGCACCCGGUGCUCGCAUCCUCGGUGUUAGCUGAAAAACAUAAAACAGAUGACGACAAUAAGGCCAACCUCAUCGCAACCAUUGCUAAUAUCCUAGGCGUUAAAGAUGUUAAUACGGUUAAUCCCAACAAUAGUUUGGCCGACUUGGGUAUGGACUCGUUGAUGGGCACGGAGAUAAAACAGACCCUCGAAAGAAACUACGAUAUCGUGUUGUCAGCUCAAGAGAUCCGUGUCUUAACUUUCGCCAAACUGCAAGAAUUAUCUUCGACUGAUGAGAUAGUGAAAGACCAGCAAUCUCUUGCUGCGAAUGUAACCACUGUUACGGACUCAAACCUGUCGCUCGACAUGCUGAUGCAAUGGCCGAGCAACGAAGUGUUGCCUAAAGAGGCCCUCGUUCGCUUGAAAACAAAAAGUUCCAACGGACCGAUAUUAUUUACCAUUCAUGGUAUCGAAGGUCUUAUUAAACCAUUAGAAUAUGUGGCUAGCGAACUCGACAGGCCGUGUUGGGGUUUGCAGAGCAUUGAACAGGCGCCUCACGAAACGAUCUCAGAGUUGGCUGAGUUCUAUGUGAAUACUAUUAGAAAAGUUCAAAAAAAAGGACCAUAUCACUUGGCAGCAUACUCGUACGGAACUUGCGUCGCCAUUGAAAUGACUCUGCAAUUGGAAUCCGCUGGAGAAAAUGUGAUUCUGAAUCUUAUCGAUGGUUCACUGGCAUUCGUACGACAGCAGUGUGAUAUGAUUGGUAAACUAGAAGAAAUGAAAAAUAUUACUUCUGAAGGCUGUAUGAAAGCGUUAGCAUACUUCAUCAUACAAUUUAACAAAACUAUCAGUUUUACUCAAGCGUAUGAAUAUUUGAAGCAAAGUAAUUCGGAUGUGGAAAUGUUUGAUAAGAUGAUAGAAGUGAUAGGUAAUACGCCGUUUGUACAAGAUGAUCUGAAAAUAGCCGGAUAUCUUUUAUUCAAAAAAUUAGCGGCUGCUGUAAUCUAUGAUCCCAAUAAAAAGAUCAAAGGACCGGUCACACUGAUUAAGGCUGCAGAAAAUUUCUUACAUUUAGAAAAGGAUUACGGUUUAUCGAAUGUUUGCACACAACCCUUAAGAAUAGAAGAGGUGUAUGGUAAUCACAGGACGAUACUGUUGGGAGAAAGUGCAAAGAGAAUCGCAAGUUUCUUACGAGUGUAGCUUGCGGAAGAACAUCCGUAUUUUAAGUUUUAUUAUAUUUGAAAAUGAUUACGUGGCACACAUGCCGCGUUGCCGAUAGAACUUAAUAUUUUCCAUAGUACAGAGAAGUUGCAGUUGUACAUAAAUGUCUUAUUUAAAAAUUGCAAUCUAUUGCAAGUACGACACAUUAUAUUGCUACACUGUAACAAAAAAUUUUGUGCUGUACGAAUUGACAUGAUUAAUAAUUUGCAAAAAUCUUUCUCGUAUACAUCUCACUUCAUUAUUCUAGCUGGUCUAAAUUGUUUGCAAGCAAUUGAAUCGUACAAAAUGAAAAACAAGCAAAAAACAACAAAAAUAAACAAAGCUUUUUAGAAUAGUAAAUCUGUAUGUUACCAUUUAUUCACAAAAUGCAAAAAUUUUGUAAUUUUUAAGUUUGAGAGUUAAUUUUAGGAUUACGUAUAAG